CGAUGCAUCCCUGGUGCGACUUUUUGGCGGACGGUCACACUUGAAAAACUAUUAGCUGGCUUAUUCCAACUUUUUUCGAUGUUAUAGACGUAAACCCAGAAGGUAAACAAGAUAGGAAUGGAUUCCAAGCUGGAUAUGUUUGAGGACGUUAACACGUCGCCAGCUCCUUCUCUGGAGGGCGAGAUGUCCAUUCCGGGCAAACGGAUGACAACAACAACGUCUCCGGGCGGUGUUCCCGAUUACAAUACCCUGGAUGAGCCCAUCCGGGAAACAGUUCUAAGAGACAUCCGCGCCGUGGGCGUCAAGUUUUAUCAUGUGCUAUAUCCGAAGGAGAAAUCCAGCCUGCUAAGGGAUUGGGACUUGUGGGGACCCCUGGUUCUGUGCACGUUCAUGGCUACUAUUCUGCAGGGAUCGUCCUCCGCAGACAGCAUGGCUGACAACGGCCCCGAGUUUGCCCAAGUAUUCGUCAUCGUCUGGAUAGGAGCGGCCAUCGUCACACUUAACUCCAAACUGCUUGGUGGCAAUAUCUCAUUCUUCCAGUCAGUUUGCGUAUUAGGCUACUGCCUUACGCCGGUGGCCAUUUCUCUGAUUGUGUGUCGGGUGAUUCUGUUGGCGGCCCACACUACAUUUCUCUUCUUUCUACGUUUCGUAACAACAACUAUGGGUUUUGCCUGGGCUACAUACGCUUCUUUUGUGUUUUUGGGCCAGAGCCAGCCGCCCCAUCGCAAGCCACUUGCCGUUUACCCAAUCUUCCUGUUUUUCUUCAUCAUAUCGUGGCUGGUCUUGUCUCAUAAUUAGACAGAUUUUCUUAAAUCCUAGUGAUUAAGUCGUAAUGAAAGUGAACGUUCCAUAGCGUAACCAAAAAAUCCGAAAUCAAUUGUAAAUUUAUUUAAGCUA